GCCGCGGCGGCGGAGGAGGGAGCGGGACCGGAAGGGUCGAAGCGCCCCGGCGCCCCUCACACCCACUGCGGCGGCGGCGGCGGCGGCGGCGGCGGCGGCGCGGGGCGGAGCGCAGCGGGGCGGGGCGGGGCGGCCAAGCGAGCCCGGGGCUGCGGAGCCCCAGCGGCCAGCGUCGCCGCCAGUCGGUCCGCCCGCCCACCCGCCUGCCUCUCCCCUGGCUCGGCGGCGGGAGGCGAGGAUGUAGCUCUUUGAGAACAGGACUGAGUUGCCCACCGCUCUAGCCCUAGUGUUUAGAAAGCACACAGGAUUUGACAGUUGCAGCCAGCUCUUUGGAAUACUAUAUGACACUACAUCAUGAGUGACAGCAAAUGUGACAGUCAGUUUUACAGCGUCCAAGUGGCAGACUCAACUUUCACUGUCCUAAAGCGUUACCAGCAAUUGAAACCAAUCGGCUCUGGAGCCCAAGGAAUCGUUUGUGCUGCUUUUGAUGCCGUACUUGGGAUAAAUGUUGCAGUAAAGAAGCUCAGCCGCCCUUUUCAAAAUCAGACUCAUGCAAAGAGAGCCUAUCGUGAACUCGUCCUCUUAAAAUGUGUCAAUCAUAAAAAUAUAAUUAGUUUGUUAAAUGUGUUUACACCACAAAAAACUCUAGAAGAAUUUCAAGAUGUGUAUCUGGUCAUGGAAUUAAUGGAUGCUAACUUAUGUCAGGUUAUCCAUAUGGAGUUGGACCAUGAAAGAAUGUCCUACCUUCUCUACCAGAUGCUCUGUGGCAUUAAACAUCUGCAUUCAGCUGGUAUCAUUCAUAGAGAUUUGAAGCCCAGCAAUAUUGUCGUGAAGUCAGAUUGUACACUUAAGAUCCUGGACUUCGGCCUGGCCCGGACAGCAUGCACCAACUUCAUGAUGACCCCUUAUGUGGUGACGCGCUACUACCGGGCCCCCGAGGUCAUCCUGGGCAUGGGCUACAAAGAGAACGUUGAUAUCUGGUCAGUGGGUUGCAUCAUGGGCGAGCUGGUGAAAGGUUGUGUGAUAUUCCAAGGCACUGACCAUAUUGAUCAGUGGAAUAAAGUCAUUGAGCAACUAGGAACACCAUCUGCAGACUUCAUGAAGAAACUUCAGCCAACUGUGAGGAAUUAUGUUGAAAACCGACCAAAAUAUCCUGGAAUCAAAUUUGAAGAACUCUUUCCAGACUGGAUAUUCCCAUCUGAGUCUGAACGAGACAAAAUAAAAACAAGCCAAGCCCGAGAUUUGCUAUCAAAAAUGUUGGUGAUAGAUCCUGACAAGCGGAUCUCUGUGGACGAAGCCCUGCGUCACCCCUACAUCACCGUGUGGUACGACCCAGCAGAGGCCGAAGCGCCACCACCUCAAAUUUACGAUGCCCAGCUGGAAGAAAGAGAACAUACAAUUGAAGAGUGGAAAGAGCUAAUUUACAAAGAAGUGAUGGAUUGGGAAGAAAGAAACAAGAACGGUGUUGGAAAAGAUCAGCCUUCAGCACAGAUGCAGCAGUAAGUAGCAACGCCACUCCUUCUCAGUCGUCAUCUAUCAAUGACAUUUCAUCCAUGUCCACUGAGCAGACGCUGGCCUCAGACACAGACAGCAGUCUGGACACCUCGACGGGACCCUUGGAAGGUUGUCGAUGAUAGGCAAGGAGUAGCACACUUACCGACAGUGAAAGAACUCUCGCUUCCAUGGGCCCGAAAUGCUUGGGAGCUGGUGGCACCAAAUAGAAAAACUCCACGUUCUGCAUGUAAGAAACUCGAUGCCUUGUCCCUACUCAGUUCUCAUAGGAUUGCCUGCUUAGAUUAUAAAAUUAAGCAGAUUAUGUCUGAUGAAAAAAAGUGCAAGCCACACUUUUAGAGAUUUUGUUCAAGGUCAUUUCAGGUGAGCAAUUAGAAUAGAUGAUUUUUUUGUUUUGUUUUAAGUUGUGCGAUCAUAGUGGUGACAAUUUCUCAUCCUCAGUAACGGUUGGAUUUCUAUGCAUGUGACCACAAAUGCUUGCUGGGAUGUGCCCUCUAGCACUUUGGAAAACAGUGUUUAAAUGCCAAAUAAUCUUCCAGGUAGUGCUGCUUCUAGAAUUCUCUUUUAAUACUCUUCAGUAAUUUGGUGUCUGUCCAGAAAAAAAAAAUAAUAAUAAGAGAUAUGUGUGUAUUAACUGGCCUCCACCAUAUUAUCAUAUUCUUACUUUCUUCUAUGGUCUGAUUUACCCUAUCUUUUGUAUUUCAGAGGGAAUAUAACUAAAUAUUUAAUAAAUAAAAAUAUAACUUUUCUUAAAUAUGUCAUGUUUUGGGCUGAGAAUUUUCACUGCUAAAACCAAGACACUUCAUUUCCUCCAAAUUGUCUUAGUCUUUGAUGAUUGCACUUUGAGCUUUUAAGCAUGAUAAAAUUCUCAGUUUUGCUUCGUGCUGCUUAAAACCUGUGUGCCUGUAAAGUCCUUUCUGUCCUCCCUUUUUGCUUGAUCUUCUGAACUUACUAGUUUAAAAUGUGACCUUGAACUUGACCUUCUUUCUUCAUCACCUAACCUCCAUUUCAAUAAUAUGGUGGUAUAUAGAUUCCCGAGUGCAUUACCUGUCGUUAGAGGAGUUGCCUAUAAAAUGAUCACCAAAGAUGACUCCAGUCACCUGCUAAGUGCUCACUUUCCCCAGAAAUGGACUGGGUCAUGUCUCACCUUCUGUCUUUCAAGGUCAGAUACUUGAGUUUAUCUGCAGUGUUUCCCUUUUCCAGCCCAACAUUUCCCUCGGUUUUCUUUCUCUUCUGGAAGAACCUACAUAAAUUUACAUCUGGUCUGCUGUUGGAGGCAGACCCACUCCAGCUGCCUGCCUGCUAUUGUCUGGCCUUUUGGGGAGGCAUUUCCUUUUCCUAAGGGAAUCCCAUGAAUGUUCUAGCAAGACUCUCCUGAGAGGAGAUAGAGAAGAAGAAAUGCCCUAAAGAAUAGUGAUUAACCACUGAAUAUUUCCUGGCUAAAACUGCUCACCUGAAAUUGAUGCUUUCAGACUUUCUGGUUUAGGAACUAUUCCGAAUUCACUAAGAUACUGAGUACUGAAGUGUCUGUCACUGCAGAAAUGGAGUUAUGACAAUUAUGUUCUGGGUACCUGUGCUUAUAAUGCUUUUUUCCCCUGGAGCUUGUUCUGUUACAGAUCCAUAUCCUGUGUUUUGUUGUCUUUGGAUGUGAUUGGGUCAACAUUCUAUACAAUGUGUCUGAGGAGGAACUUUACUUUGAUAAGAAAAAUCUAUUACAAAUAUUCUCCGAAAUAACAAAUUGGUCUCUGCACCAGUUGUAUGGAUUGGUUGGUCUUAUCACUUGAAACUUGGACCCCUCAACAAAGAAAAUUAACAUUGAAAUGAUAGAGUUAGAGAUUGCAAGGUUUAGACACAUUCACAUACAAGAUGAGAAUGUGAACUUGGACUGAGACAGAAACACCUAAUCUGGCCUGGGGUCUUUUGGGUUGGUAGGAAGUGGGGGGGGGGGGCUGAUGGUAUAGUGACAAAAUAUGUCACUAUACACAUAUAAACACCAUAAAAUGGCCUUCUCUCUAAUACACAUUCUGUGAAAAAAACUACGUCUCUCUUUAAAGAGGACAAAGGAGCAAGGGGAGAGUCUUGUCAAGUGUAUUGUCUGCCCUAGGCUUGUGUAAGUGCAGCCCCAGUGCAUGCUGGGUCUUCUGCCACUCUUUCCUCUGCUUCACAGGGGAGCCUGUGACAGUGUGGCUAGCUUUACCCCCAGACCCCCAGCACCUCCACCCCCCUGCUUCCUUCAGCUAGCAGCAAGUGCACCUGAGACAGGCCACAGGGCUGCAGACAACUGUGUGAAUACCUCACCCUGCUUGAGGGUCACCCUCCUGGGUCCUGGCAUGGUGCAGGGGUUGCAGACUGCUCUUGUGGGUGAGUGCUGAUGUCGGACAGAGAACCCAACCAUGUGCUUAACUUUCUCACCUUUUCUAUGUUAUUUUUGUAAUUUAUAUUGUACACAACCCUGGAAGUACCUAUUUUAGACACCUAUUUUUAUAAUCCAGGCACUCUCCAGUGAGCCUGGACUUUGGGGCUAGGUUCGUUUUAUGUUCGUUGGCUUAAUUUCUCAAUCACAAAAGGAAAUGGCUGCCUCCCCUGUUCUGGGGGUCUCCAUUGCAAGAGCAGACAGGGUCUCCCCAGGUGCGAGAACAGUCUGGAACCACAGGCUGCAGGGUGUUGAGCACCUGUGGUGUUGGAGGUGGGAGGCUUCUGCUCUCCCCUUUGGGACCUGAGACCCAGAGCCUAGUGCUAAAGCUUGAGGCCUCAGCGGGGCCCCUGACUGAUGCCCAGAGCACAGAGCUGAAUCGCUGAUUGGGUUCUGGCCCAAUCCAGACUUGAUGCUAUGUAAGUCCUGGUCAUAAUAUGUGAGUUUGUCUGGUUGGUUUCUAAUGUAACUCCUCUGGUCUUUCAUACUGGCAGUAGAUCCAGGUGUGACCUUUCAGAUUGCGUAUCUCAAAAGUAACAUUGCCUAAUGUUUUGUAAUAAAAAAUAUAUAUCAUGUGUGUUUCGAUUGGUGAAAAUAAUACAGAUACAUUUUAAAAGAGAAGUGUAUAUCAUGUCCAGUUCUGUGUGUUUCUAGGUGACAACUGACUGUAUUUCUACAUCACCAUCUCUGAUUACAGAAUUAACUUGGUCACA